AGUAAUAUGUAAAAAUACAUACUAUUUUGCUUUUAUUGCCAAGCGAAAAAGUAAUAUUGGUGGAAUAAUUGCUGUUUAAUUAUACAAAUUAUUAUUUUAAUAAUUCAUUACACAAUUCAUUAAUAAUGUACGAAAUAGAUAUUGAGAAUGAAUAUUUGUUUUUGCUUGAAAAUGUGGGUCAAAUUUGUCGAGUGUGCCUCGAUUUAAAUCAGAAUAACCAAUGCAUUUUUCCUGCAAGCGACAAUGACCCCGAAAAUACAAACGCUUUAGGUUUGGUUAAGAAAUUAAUCGUUCAAGGUGGCAUUGAGGUUCAAGAAAAUGACGGCCUUCCAUCAAAUAUCUGUUUAACAUGCACUUUAAAAUUAAAUGCCGCUCACGAAUUUAGAGAGCAGUGUCAAUUAUCAGACAAGAAAUUGAGAAAAGCUUUCGAAAAGUUCCAAACUUACAACACUUGUUCAACAUUACAAAAAAAUUUACGUUCACAACAGGAGGACAAUUUACUUCCCAAAACGGAAGAGCUUCAGAUUGAAAAAUCAAAUUCCGUGAAUGAUGAUUACUCUGAAGGUAAUUCGAAAGCAGUCAGUGAAAUUGAAAUUGAAAAAUUUGAUUACUCCUGUGACAAUGAAAUUAAUAUUAAUGAAGCGUCUGUUGCGAAUGAAAAGGAGGAAAUUUCACAGAUUGAAAAAGAAAAUGCUCCCUAUAAAAAAGAAGGUUGUAAGACGAGAAAAAUGUCUGUCUUCAAACGAGUGACAUCGAUGGAAAAUUUAAAGAAUUUUAAAGAAAGACAGAGGCAGUAUAUUAAGAAAAAUGUGAAAUCCGAUCAAAAUGAAAUUGAAUCUCCAGUGAAGAAAAGAGUACGAGGUACUAAUCAAAGACUGACUAAUGAAGAGUCUGAAAUAAAUUUUGAAUGCACUGUGUGUAAUUCCACAUUUCCCAGUAAGAGAUCAUUAGAUAAACACUCAUUGACACACGAUGAGAAAAAGUAUAAUUGUGACAAAUGUGACAAAGAGUUUUCCACUCACGAUAAACUUUUGGAACAUUCCAAAUUACAUCAACCAAAAGAGAAAUCCAAGCCCGUUCGUUGCAAGAUUUGUGAGAAGAGUUUUAAGAAAACUGACACAAUGGUAAGACACUUGAACAUUCACAAGAGGGCAAAUCCAAAGGAAGUAUUUUCAAUUCUCAAGGAAAUCAGAGAUAAGAGAAAAAUGGAGAAUUCCGUGGAAAAUAAUGAACAAGUGAAUCUUUCGAUAAGCAGUGAAUUUAUUAAUCAGGCGAUUGAAGAAGAAACACAAAGGGAUAAUUUCUGUACUAAGGAAUUAAGAAAACGUGUUCCAAAUUCUUUGUCCAAACAAGAAACACGAUCAGAUAUUUUCCAUUCCGAUUCAAAUAGUGAAAGUGAUCAAUCUGUAAGUGAUGUGUCAAGUUUUCGUUGUAAACAUUGUACAAAAUGUUACACCACCGAGAAAUCAUUGCAACGACACAUGCUUAUUCACGAUGAGAAAAAAUUCGUCUGCAAUGUUUGUAAUAUGAAGUUUUUCCGUCCCGAUAGACUCAAAAGUCACAGAGACAGAUACGGACACAAUGAGGGAAAUGUUUCGGAACCAGAGAAACCGGCUGAUGACAAAACGGCGAUAAAAUUAAUCAACAGUUGGAUACGAGAGGAAUUAGAUUCAGACAAUGAGGGUAAAGGUUUUCCCUGCGAUCUCUGUGGAAAAUCUUACGUAACAAAGAAAUCACUAGCAAAACAUCGUUCAAAUGUUCAUGAGUCACAGCAAAAUUUCUGCAGGAAUUGCGGUCCAGAAUGCGUCUGCGAGGAAAAGGCGAAAAUUUACAUUAAACCGGAGAAAACAAAGAUUUACACCUGCGACGAAUGUGGUAAAUCAUUCGAAAAAGAGAACAAAUUACAGAAACAUUUGAGAAUUCACGAGAGAGCUAAAGAACAACAGGACUCGAAUUUCAAGCGUUUCCUCUGUCACAUUUGCAGUAAAACAUUCCGUCAAAAUACCGGCCUAAUGUUUCACAUGAGAACACACACCGGCUAUAAACCUCAUGUUUGUAAAUAUUGCGGACGAGGUUUCACAUCAAAUUCAAAUUGCAUCAAUCACGAGAGAACUCAUACCGGCGAUCGACCAUUUGUCUGUCAUUUUUGUAGUGCCGCUUUCGCAAAAUCGUGCACAUUGAAGGCACACAUUACCACACAUACAGGCGAGGCGAAUUAUCAUUGUAAAACAUGUGGGAAAUCAUUUAGACGAUUGAAAUACUUGAAGGAACAUAAAUUCACGCACACCGGUGAGAAGCCGUACGCGUGUAAAAUUUGCGGCACUGCCUACAGUCAUUCGGGAAGUUUAUUUGUUCAUGAGAAAAAAUGUAAGGCACAAUUUAAUAAUUUUCAACCAGCAACGUCGCAGGGCGCUCAGAAUUUUUGUCAGCAAGCAAAUAUUGUCACGACGCCGACGGUUCCGCCUUUAAUUACAACUCUACCGUCGACAACACAUCAUCAUCAUCAACAUAAUCAUCAUCAUCAUGUUGGCAAUAUCAACACAUCAUUGGGAUUGCAAGGUAAUAAAAAUUAUAUUGAAAGUGUACAGAGAAUGAACGCUGCCGCCGCUGUAGCUGGGAAUACGGGACUGCACGUUCAUGCGAAUAAUGACGUCUCCGAUAUGGCCUCGGCUGUCAGAAAUUUUGCCAUUAUCGGACAAAUGUUUCACUGAGAUUUAUAUAAAAAUCGGUAGACUUUUAAAAUCAGCCGCUAUUAAAAAUCAGUGGGCGGACUUUUGGAUUUAAGACUCUAAGCAGGAAUCAAAGUAUUUUUUUUCUCUUAUAUUACAAUAAGAGAAAUAGAAUUAUUUUCUAAAAAUAGGUGAAAAGAAACGUGACAAAAAAAUUAUAUAGUUAUUAUUACUAUAACUAUAAAUACAAUUAA